AUGGGGUCGCAAAAUCGCUUUAGAUCUGCUCACCUAGCGGAUGUCAAAGGAAAAGGAAUCCUCUACGAGGAUGAUGAUGAACCAAUUAAGCUGGUGGAUCGCGAUGAUUCGUUUGUGAUCAAGGAAUUUGGUAUGUCCCUCAUUGGAAAGAUUCUUAAUCCAAAGAAGCAGAACGUUGUUAAGCUAUUGCAAACGAUGCCUGCUCAGUGGGGUUUUGCUGAUAGAAUUACAGCUAAUGAUUUAGGAAAUGGAAAGUUUCUUUUAAACUUUGUGUCCGAGGAGGACUUAAACUCUGUUCUUAGACAGGGGCCAUUUCACUACAACUUCUCUCAUUGGCUUCCCUUUACAUCUAUGGACGGAUGCAAAUCUGAGAAACAUAGGUGGUCGGCUUGGUCAUGUCGACACUCUGGAACUAACUGA